GAUCGGCAGGGGCAGAUCCGCGGAUACGAAGCAACCUGCUGCCGCGGAGGGCCAGGUCUCGAACAACUUCUAGAUCCACAUGGGGUGUUCGUGAACUUGGCCGGCGAGGUUUUCAUUGCCGACACCGGGAACAACCGCAUCCAGUGGGUCGUUGGUGCGGUGACCACCACCAUUGCAGGUGACCUCAUCCGGCCAGAGGCGGUCUUCGCCACGACGGACUCUUUCGUCUAUGUAGCAGACACCGGGCAACAUCGUGUGGUGAGGUAUCCACUUGCCGGCGGCGCAGGAGUCGUGGUGGCUGGUGGCAACGGGAUCGGCACGGCCCUUGACCAAACUUCGAGCCCCUCUGCGAUCUAUGUGGAUGACAGCGAACAGGUGGGGGGCGUCCCCAUUAGAAACAUCUACGUCGUCGACACGGACAAUCACCGGGUGGCAAAAGUCCGGGAGUCCGAUGGCAGCACGUCCCUGGCGGCUGGGGGCUGCCUGGAGAACCCGAGCUACAUCGACCCCUGCAUCGAGGGUGGGGUGCACGAUCCACCGCGACCGCAUCCCGACGACGAGGAGGCCUUGAACCCGUCCUACGACAAUCCGCCCAUCUACCACUUCUGGGGUCCCUCAGGCCUGCAUGUGAACUCGGGGAUCAACAAGAACAUCACGGUCGCGGACACGUUGAACCACAGGGUCCUGGUGUGGUAUUCCUGA